GGGGCCCAAGCAGGAAGUGGCGGAGGGGAAGCGGCGCCGCUGAGGGGCCCGAACGGGACCGGGAUCGGGAACCGGGAUCGGGAACCGGGAACGGGAUCGAGAAGCGGCAUCGAGAAGCGGGCAGCGGCAGCCGGGGAGCGGCCCCCGAGCGCAGCUCCAGCUCAUUCCCAGCCAUGGGGGACAUGAAAACCCCAGAUUUCGACGACCUCUUGGCCGCCUUCGACAUCCCCGACAUCGACGCCAACGAGGCCAUCCACUCCCACCACGAGGAUCCCGAAUCCCACGGCAAACAAAUCCCGGGAGAUCCGGGAGCCGCCGGCCCCGCCGAGCACGUCCUGCCCCACCCGGACAUCUCGGCCGUCAGCGUCAUCGUCAAGAACACCGUGUGUCCGGAGCAGCUGGAAAACUUGGAUUCCCGAGGGAAGGAGGGCCACGGGAUGGCCCCGAGGCUCCUCCAGAACGGAUUCGGAGCUUCCGACGUUCCCAGAUCGCCCAAUUCCCGCUCCGGGGAGGCGCCUUCCAAUGGGGAGUGCUGGGCCAAGGAGAAGAACUCCAAGGCUUUGGAUUUGUUCUCGCAUUUCAGCCCCGAUCCCAACGAGGACGGCGCCAAUUUGAUCGACAGAUCCCGGGAGUGCAAAGGCAAGGAGAAAUCCCUGGCCGUGCCCUCGCUGGCUCCGUCCCCAACCCCGGCCGUGGAUUCCAAGAGAUCCCUGGGAGAAUCCUCCGAGGGGCUGGACCCGCCUUUCCCGACGCCGUUCCGGGCGGGAGCGGCCGGCGACGGAUCCCACCCCGUUCCCCGCAUCAAGAAGGAGGAAUCGGACUCGGAGGAGGCUCCGGCCGGCAGCUCCAGCCCCAAGGGGUCGGUGUUGGAUCACCUGAAAUCCGUCAGCGUCCGUUAUUCCGCCGCCGAGGGUUCUCCCGCCGCGCCGUGGCCGGGAUCGGACGCGGCGGCGCCGGACGGCGGCAGCGGCGCCGCGGCGGCCGAGCUCAAACGCUCGCCCGGGAGCCCUCGGGAAUCUUUCUCCUCUCCGGGAAUUCCCAUCCCGCCUUCUCCCAAGCAGCUCUCCCUGAAGGAAGAGCGGGAAAUGCUGGAGAAAUCCAUGGGGAGCCCCGGCAGCGUUUCCAGCGGCGAGGAGGAGGAGGAGGAGGAGGAAGAGGAGGAGGAGGAGGAGGAAGAAAACACCAACUCGCCCUCCUCCAGCUCCUCGCGGCCGCUCAAAGUCCGCAUCAAAACCAUCAAAACCUCCUGCGGCAGCAUCACCAGGACGGUCACCAGGGUCUCCUCGGACUCGGAGCCGCCCUCCGCCGGCGUCCCGGGCCAGCAGAAUUCCCAGGAAACCUCGGAAUUCCCGGCGGAGGCGGCGCCCCGGGAGAAGCCGGAGCUGCCCGGCGCUGCGAAGGGCGCGGAGGGGCCCAGGACGGUGAGCGUGCAGCUGGGGAACGGCACCAAGCUGAAGGGCACGGUGCUGCCGGUGGCCACCAUCCAGAGCGCCAGCAGCGCCAUGCUGAUCGCCGCCAGCGUGGCCCAGCAGAAAUCCGCCGUCCUCCCGGCAAAGAGCGGCAAAUCCGUGGCUAAAAACAUCCUCAGCUUGGUGCCGCAACCCCUCCCCAAAGCCAAUGGCGCCGCCAAACCCGACGGCGGCGGCGGCGGCGUGGCGGCCAAAUCGGCGCCCGGCGUGGCCGGCACCGUCAUCUCCCGCAGCCAAUCCAGCCUGGUGGAGGCUUUCAACAAAAUCCUCAACGGCAAAAACCCUCUGCCCACCUACCGGCCCAACCUGAGCCCGCCCGCCGAGUCCAGCCUGGCGCUGCCGCCCGCCGGCUACCGCUGCCUGGAGUGCGGCGACGCCUUCGCGCUGGAGCGCAGCCUGGCGCGGCACUACGACCGGCGCAGCAUGCGCAUCGAGGUCACCUGCAACCACUGCGCCAAGCGCCUGGUGUUCUUCAACAAGUGCAGCCUGCUGCUGCACGCCCGCGAGCACAAGGACAAGGGCUUGGUGAUGCAGUGCUCGCACCUGGUGAUGCGGCCGGUGGCGCUGGAGCAGAUGAUCGGGCAGCCCGACGUGACGCCGCUGGCGAACUCCCACCAAGCCCAGAAAUCCAAGGACGACUCUUCCAAGAAAUCCCCGGCUCUGCUGACGCCCAAAGCGGAGCCUCUGGAAGCUCCUCUGGCCAAGAAUUCCGAGGAAUCCUCGAGCUCCGAGGAGGAGGAGGAGGAGGAGCCCCCGAGCUCCCCGGAGCUGCGGAAGAGCAAACGGAGCCGAUUCCAGCGGAAAUCCGGGAAUAAAUCCAAGGGCAGCGGCUGGAGCUGCGGCGUUUGCCACUCGUGGUUCCCCGAGCGCGACGAGUACGUGGCGCACAUGAAGAGGGAGCACGGAAAG